AUGUCUCCCACUUGUUCACUACUGUGGCGACAGGGACGCCGGUUUCCUCUCAUACCCUUCUGCGUCCUCCUCCUCCUUCUACUGAACGCACUACCCUCGCAAACCACCAAAACGAAGAGGAGCUGGUCAAAUGGCCUAAAUAAAGGAGCACUCCUAGCAGAAGAAGACGUUCUGCACGUAGACGAUGAUCCAGAGGACAAGGAAGACGAAGAACCUGGACCGGUACCUGGUCCACUUGCGCCGGCUGACUGGAAGAAGCGACUUCGUAAAUUACUCAAACGCCUUUCGCGCAUAUGCAGACGGGGUGCGUGUGCCUGGGUCCCUCUACCUGUUAUAGAAUGGCCCUGGUAG